AUGACACUCGCCUCCAUGUACAAAACGGACUAUAUCCAAACAUGCGACCAGCACUCUCAGACCAACCUCAACUCCUCCUGGUUCAACGAUAAGGGAGCAUGGAUGACCAAUGUGAUCAUUGUCUGUCUUAUAAAAUUCUUUUUCGGCAUUGUCCCCGGCAUGUCGCCAGAACUGGCCUGGACCAUGACCACACUCACCUACAACGUAGGAAGCUACAUUAUGCUCCAUGCAGUGACGGGUGUACCGUUCGAGUUCACCCAAGGCGCAUACGACGGCAUCACUCUUUGGGAGCAGAUUGACGGGGGCGACCAAUUUACCGCCACGCGAAAGUACCUCACAACUGUGCCCAUUGUCCUGUUCUUGUUAAGCACACAUUACACGCACUACGCGCCGUUCGCGUUCUCUGUCAACUUGGUGGUGACGGUCAUCAACCUCAUUGCCAAGCUGCCCGUCAUGCACCAGGUCCGACUAUUUGACAUCAACCAGAAGGUCGAGUCCAACUAA